CUAUAUAUUUUGCAAGUUGGGGUCCCUCCUCCUCAGUCCCUCACUAUAAAAUUUUCUGCAGAAACUGAACAGCAUAGCGCAACUCUCUCAGUCUCUCUCGCUUUAAGGACUUGGCAUGGAGACCCAAGAGGCUUUAAUAGAAGAAGAGCUGCUGAACGUGGAGCUUGAAAUUGAAAGCGUCCAAGACCAAAUCAAAGUAUUGCUUGACCAACAAGAGAGGUUGUAUGAAAGACAAUCUGAACUACAAGCUCUACUGGAAGCUUCCAAAGGUCCUGGAUCCCCUGUUAAUGGGGAUUCAACAGCCACAGAAGACUGGUCUGGAUCAUUUGAGUGGGAUUCUCAAGCUGAUGAUGUUAGGUUCAAUGUAUUUGGCAUCUCCACAUAUCGUGCAAAUCAGCGAGAGAUUAUUAAUGCUGUCAUGAGUCGAAGAGAUGUUCUAGUGAUUAUGGCUGCAGGAGGUGGCAAGAGUCUCUGUUACCAACUUCCAGCUAUUCUUCGUGAUGGAGUUGCUCUUGUUGUCAGCCCACUGCUUUCUUUGAUUCAGGACCAGGUGAUGGGCUUGGAAGCUUUAGGGAUUCCAGCUCAUAUGUUGACAUCAACUACAAGUAAGGAGGAAGAGAAGUUAAUAUACAAGGCCCUGGAAAAGGGUGAAGGAGAUUUGAAAAUAUUGUAUGUGACGCCAGAAAAGAUAUCAAAGAGUAAGAGGUUUAUGUCAAAACUUGAAAAGUGCCAUCAUGCUGGUCGUCUCUCCCUAAUUUCUAUUGAUGAGGCACAUUGUUGCAGCCAAUGGGGCCAUGAUUUUCGACCCGAUUACAAAAAUCUUGGUAUCCUCAAGACUCAGUUUCCCAAUGUUCCAGUGAUUGCUUUGACUGCAACUGCUACCCAGAAAGUCCAAAGUGAUCUGAUGGAUAUGCUCCACAUUCCAAGAUGUGUAAAGUUUGUCAGCACAGUCAACAGGCCAAAUCUCUUUUAUAUGGUACGAGAGAAGUCUUCAAUUGGCAAAGUGGUGGUUGAUGAAAUCGCUGAAUUCAUUCGAGACUCUUAUUCAGACAACGAUUCUGGCAUCGUUUAUUGCUUCUCUAGAAAAGAAUGUGAACAGGUUGCAAAGGAGUUGCGUGAGAGGGGAAUAUCAGCUCAUCAUUAUCAUGCAGAUAUGGACGUAAAUGCACGUGAAAAUGUUCAUAUGCGGUGGAGCAAGAGCAAACUACAGGUCAUCGUUGGCACUGUAGCAUUUGGUAUGGGAAUCAACAAACCUGAUGUCAGGUUCGUCAUCCAUCACAGCUUGAGUAAAUCAAUGGAAACAUACUACCAGGAAAGUGGCCGUGCUGGUCGAGAUGGACUCCCUUCUCAAUGCCUACUUUACUUUAGACCUGCUGACAUGCCUAGGCAGAGUUCAAUGGUCUUCUAUGAAAACUCCGGACUGCAGAACCUUUAUGACAUUGUACGCUAUUGUCAGUCAAAAAGACAAUGCCGUCGUAGCUCUUUCUUUCGCCACUUUGCUGAGCCAUUACAGGACUGCAAUGGGAUGUGUGACAACUGUGCAUUUUCAAAUGAGGUUAAAGAAGUAGACGUCUCUCGUCAUGCGAAGCUUAUGGUUACUAUGCUGAAAGAUGUGCAAGAAAAUGAUCAGAGAUUGACAGUGUUGCAAUUAGUUGAUAAAAUUAAGAUAAAGCGCAAGGAAGUAGGUUCGGAGCUGAAGAGAGAGGAAAUAGAGCAGCUUGUCAUCCAGCUUAUAUUAGGUAGAGUUUUGAAAGAAGAAUUUCAGCAUACAGCUUAUGCCACAAAUGCAUAUGUAACAUUAGGACCCUUGGCAAAGCAGGUAUUGCAAGGGAGAAGUAGUGUUAAGCUUGAAAUGUCUACCGGACAGAAGAAAGUAGCUGGUGUAAGAUCAGUUAAACGUAGUCGUGCUUCUUCAUGUCUGGAACAAAAGCUCGACGGGCUGCGGAAGGAACUCUCUUCAGAUCAUGGAGGGAUAUUCCCUCAUUCUGUUCUGUCUACUCAACAAAUCAGCAUGAUAGAUGACCAGAAGCCAAAUUCAAUGAAACAGUUGGAGAAGAUCAUUGGGAAAGUCAAGACAGAGAAAUACGGAAGUAGAAUCCUUGAACAAGUGAGUAUGUAUGCAGAAGCAAAGCAGCCUGUUGAGGAUAAAGAAGAACAAGAAACUGAAAAUAGAUCCUCAAAAAGGCUAAAGAACACAGAGCCGCUUCUUAUAGAGAGUAGUGAUGAUGAAUCAUGAUGGGAUCAUUUCAUAACCAAAGGGUUCUGUUUUUUUGGCUGUUAUCUGUCUAUCCCUAACUGAUCCCCUGUAUUGUAGGAGGAGCUCAGUUUUGAAUACGGCACAACAGUACACUAUAUUACAGAUUAUAGAAGGAAUAGGGAUACAAACUAUGGUCAUUCUAAUUAUAUUUCUUGUCGGCUUUCAAACCGACUAAAAUGUGAUUAUCUUCCAUUUAAUUUGGGAGUAAAAUUCACUUCUAAUUUUACAAUUCACACUCA